GUCUCAUAUUUUUGUCAAAGUAAAGAAAGAAAAAGAAAAUCAUAAGCUUUUUGAUUUUGAGUUUCUGAUAUUGCAGAGUUGUUGUGCAGAUUGAGAACAAAAAUGGAUUGGUUUCGUAUACGAAAAUUGUCGAUUUUGAUAUUGGUUUUGCUGUUACAAAAUUCAUCAUCAUGGGGUUGGUUCUUUUCAUCUAAUAAUAAUAACAAGAAUGAUUAUAAACAAGAAGAGACUGAUUCAGGCAAAUAUUCUUCUAAAAACCAAAUGGUUAAGUUGAUGUCUGAAUUCUCAAUGGAUGCUUUUGAGAAUCAAAAGGGAGUUGAACUCGUCGAAAACGCUAAACAAAAGAUGUUAGUUUCCAGUUCUUGUUGGCAGAGAGCAUAUCAGAACUUAUUUACUGUGUGUUCAAAGGUUCUUCCUGAUGAUGAAAUGAAGUCUAGGCUUUCUUGGAAUUUAUGUGAUUGCUUUCAGCAACACACUGGAAGGUCUCCUUUGCCUCAUUGUGAUGCAAAUACACCAGUUACCAAUUGUCUCAAGAAAAUAGAUGAUGGUGUUCAAAAGAUAUAUUUACAGUUCUUUCUUGAAACCCCUGCCAUUUGCCAUCAAUUGCAGAGGGAUGCGUGGAAGAAUGCAGUAGAGAGGUUGGUGAAUAAUUUGAAGGAUUCUGGUGAAGUUGCUGAGGAAAAAUUAGAGAACAUACUACAAGUAGGGGAGUCGCUAUUGCAAAACUCGAAAAAUGUCCAAGAAUCUUUAACCUCGAUUGAUGUUCGUACUCAACAAGUAGAGGAGACUUCCAAGAAUGUUGAAGGCCAGGUGAACGCUGUGUUGAGUCAGUCAGAAGUGAUUCUGGAGCAAUCUAAAGGAAUAGCAGCUUCACAAAUAGAGCUGAACGAAGGCCAGUCGAAAAUGAAGGAGACUUUGCAGGAAAACAUGGCGAUAGUUCAUGAAUCGUAUACUAACUUAGACCAUGGGAUCAAUGGUUUGAGGACUAAAACGGAGGGAAUUGAGGAUGAGAUUGUGAAAGUUGGGGAUGAAAUGAGUUCUAGGAUGGACAAAUUGCAGAGUAAAGCUGAUGAUAUUGGGAAUAUUGCUGGCCAAGCUUUGGAUAAACAGAAACAAGUUUUGGAUGGACAAUCUAAAGCUCUAGUUGGCCUUCAACUCCUCAAUAAAGUUCAGUCUCAAGCACUUGAAGAGAGCAGGGGAACUCUGAAACAAUUGGCUCAAUUAGGGCACGAGCAACAAGAGGAGCUUCUUAGUAGGCAAAAGCAACUCCAGCAAACCCAUGAUCACCUAUUUGAGAAAUCAAAAUCAAUAUUAGCUGCUCAGGAAACCUUUGAAUCUAAACAAGCAAGCAUGUUUCUUGCCUUAGAGAAGCUGUUCACCUUGCACAAUGCCAUGCUUCUUGAAUCAAGACUCAUCAAAGCUUUCUUGCUUUAUUCAUUGUCCAUCUUUCUCCUCUACAUGUUCACUAGCACGAAGCAAACGUAUGACGUGCGACCUAGGCUUUACAUAGGAUUAGUACUCACAUUCUUGAUUGAGCUAGCCAUACUUCGAUACGGAACGAACGAAAUGGAGAAUCAGGCAUGGAUUGUGAGCAUAGUUAGGACACUAUUUGUGCUACUGGCCUCAUGCCAGCUUCUAUAUUCCAUUUGGACAUACAGGGAUUAUGAAGUGCUGAACUAUAAGAUGUUAAAAACACUGGUGGAGAAGGUGAAUGGAAUUCAGAAACACAAGGAGUACUUGUCAUGGGAAAUGGAGAACGACGAUUCGGACAGUGACGUGGAUUGGUCUUCAUGGAUUGAAGCUGAAUUACCAGAAGAUGUUGACAAAUUGAAGGAUCCUGACUUCGUAUUUCCUGAAGAAGUUGCUGAGAAUUCAGUAGGAAGCAAGUCAAUUACAAGGAGAUACAACCUAAGGAAUCACCUUUUGACAUAUUGAAGUUAUUAACAAUUUUUUUCAGAACUAUCAAGAGGAACAUAAUGUUCUUGAUUCAGUGUUUUCUCUUAUACUAAUACUAGUUAUAUAUAUUAAUUUUGGGACUUGAUUAUUCAUUUGAA